AUGUACUCCAAGAUCGCUCUUUUAUUGACCGCUGCUGUCUUUGCUUCUGCUCAAACUUCCACUCAAGUUGCUGAAUUGAGUGUGUUAUUGCAAGAUGUUUCUUCCAAUCUGGCCGAUUAUAUGUCAUUGGCUACCACCCCAGGUACCGGUUUCAGUUUAGAAGAUAUGCCAUCCGGUGUUCUAAGUAUCGGUAUGGCUUUGGCUACCGCCACUGACGAUUCUUACACUUCUAUGUACAGUGAAGUUGAUUUCGCCGGUAUUUCUUCCAUGUUGACGGAAUUACCAUGGUACACUUCCAGAUUAAAGUCUCAAAUUGACUCUAUUUUGGGUUACGAUAUGGAGUCUCUUGCCGCUGAUACCACAGCCGCUGGGGCUUCAACAACCACUGCUGCUGCCGCUUCCACAUCUGCUGCUCCAACAACAACCUCUACAGCUGCCGCCGCCACUUCAUCAGUUGCCACUGCAUCCAGUACCACCUCUACUGCUGUUGCAUCUACAGCUGCUGCUUCUUCUGUCGAGGCUUCUUCCUCUGCUGCUGCUGCUUCUUCUGUCGAGGCUUCUUCCUCUGCUGCUGCGUCUUCUAAGGCCAGCGUCGUCUCUACCAAGGCUGCUGUUGCUGCUUCUUCUACCAUUGCCGCUGUCUCUCAAAUUACAGACGGUCAGAUCCAAGCCACUGUUGCUCAACAAACCGAAAACGGUGCUGCUAAAGCUGUUGUUGGUAUGGGUGCCCUUGCCGCUGCUGCUGCUUUGUUAUUAUAG